AUGAAUCAGAAUGCACAAUAUGGGAAAACUUAUAACCCAAAUUGGAAGAAUCAUCCCAACUUCUCAUGGGGUGGAAAUCAGCCGAAUCAACCUCAGAAGCCACCUCAACAGCCAGCUGGAGCUCUUCCAAGUGAUACUAAGCCCAAUCCUAAAGCUCAAGUCAAUGCGGUUACCUUGAGAAAUGGAAGAGCACUAGAAGAAGUUCCAAAGAAAAAGAAGAAUACAGAUCAUCCUGAAGGAGAAUUAGCUCCCAAGCCAGUUGAGGGGAAUGAUAAAGAUGAUAAAGGACUCAAGCCAGAAGUGCCUAAGUAUGCAAGGUAUCUCAGAGAUAUUGUGACAAACAAACAAAGACAUGCAGAGUUUGAAACAGUUGCACUUACUGAAGAGUGCAGUGCCAGAGUUCAGAGUAAAUUUCCUCCAAAGUUGAAGGAUCCUGGGAGUUUCACAAUUCCUUUGUCUCUUGGAAAACAAGAACUAGAAGAUAGGUCACUAGUCAUGCCCGAAGGAAUUAUUGAGGAUGUGUUAGUUCGAGUAGGAAAGUUUAUUCUUCCUGCUGAUUUUAUUGUUCUUGAUUACGAGGCAGAUGUGGAAGUGCCCAUUAUUUUGGGACGACCAUUCUUAGCUAUUGGUGGAGCAAUUAUUGAUGUGAGAGCAGGAAAGUUAAAAAUGAGAGUUGACGAUGAGGAGGUCACUUUUAAUGUGUACAAGGCACUUAAGCUUCCUAAGCUUUAUGAGGACUUGUGCAUGAUUACUGUGGUAGAAUCGAAGGGGAUAAAGCAGAGUCCUUAUGUGGAUUAUACUGAUCCAGAUGGGACAACUGAGUUAAAGGAGGUGGUAUUUCCAGCUGAACGUGUUAAGAUGAUUGAGAAAAGAACCAGAGAUGAAAGAGGAGACCUUACGAGAGCGUGA